AUGCUUGUUAGGGACCCCGUGGAUGAGACGUCUUCCGGCCGCCAAUACAUCAAUACCACGAUUGCCCUCGACGUAAUGACCGAGGACAGUACGAGGUCUAUCGCCGAUAAUUUCAUUAAAGUCAUGGCUCACCCGUCCCUCCUCGGCUGUCUCUCGGUCGGUACAUAUGUCGGGGAGCUGUAUCACAUUGCCAGCGGUGCCAAUGGAGCGGCCGCCCUGGACUUUAUCGCCAAGUAUUGCAACGGACUCCUUUCUUCCUACGAGAGGACUCCCAAAAUACAUACCCUGAAGAAUAUCGAGGCAUCUCUCCAGAGGACGUCGUCUCUGGUUGGCGAGCUCCUUCGCCGACGACAACUUGCGGCGCUUCAGGAUGGUCUUACCGAGCUCUUCGUCGCCAUGGACGGCGUUGUAGACCUUCUCAACACCCCGGAAAUGGCGAGCGACAACGGAUUCGGAGGUCAAAGCCAGGACGACCCUCAAAAAGUUCCCACAGCUAGCCUCCGUGCAAGCGGCUCUGAGACCAGCCGACACAGCCCGGACGCCGAGCAGCUAGCGGCUGAUACUCCGCGGUCCGAGCCCGAGCCAGCGCCGUCAGACAAGGCAGAUAAUGCAGCCGGCUCCGCACUGGCAGCCCUCCACAUUAUCGUGCCGGGGCCCGGCUUACAACUACUGGGCGAGAAUGCUGACGGCGCCCAAGAAGCUCCGCCAUCAAUGACACCCAUCAGUUUUCCGAUCAGCUCCGAGGACAGCAGACCAAGCUCUGAGGAUAACAGAUAA